GAGGAGGAGGAGGAGGGAGGCGGCGAGGAGGCGACGGCGGAGGCCGGCGCGCCAGUCUUCGCGAUGAUGGAAGAUUGUUUGUUGAAGAAAAUAGAAAUCAGUGUCUCAGAAGCAGAGAAACGGACUGGACGAAAUGCCAUGAACAUGCAGGAAACGUACACAGCUUACCUGGUGGAAACAAGGGCUGUGGAGUCGCAGGCUGAAGGUCACUGUUCCCCCCCAGAUUCUCUCUGGAGACGAUAUAGUGAAUUUGAAUUGUUGAGGAAUUAUUUGCUAGUUAACUAUCCACAUGUCAUUGUUCCACCAUUGCCAGAAAAACGGGCAGAGUUUGUUUGGCAUAAAUUAUCAGCAGAUAACAUGGAUCCAGAUUUUGUGGAAAGACGAAGAAUUGGCUUGGAAAAUUUUCUCUUACGUGUGGCUUCACAUCCUAUCCUUUGUCAGGACAGAAUUUUUAAUUCCUUUUUAACCAAGGAAGGUGGAUGGAAGGACAUGGUGAAUGAGACAGGGUUUCAGCUGAAGGCAGAUUCAAGAUUAAAAGCUCUUAAUGCAACAUUCAGAGUAAAAAACCCAGACAAGAGAUUUACAGAACUUAAACACUACAGUGAUGAGCUGCAGUCUGUCAUAUCACACCUUCUGAGAGUCAGAGCUAGAGUAGCAGAUCGACUCUAUGGGGUAUACAAAGUCCAUGGGAAUUAUGGGAGAGUUUUCAGUGAAUGGAGCGCAAUAGAGAAGGAAAUGGGGGAUGGGCUGCAGAGUGCCGGCCAUCACAUGGAUGUGUACGCAGCUUCUAUUGAUGACAUACUAGAAGAGGAAGAACAUUAUGCAGACCAGCUGAAAGAAUAUCUCUUCUAUGCAGAAGCUCUUAGGGCAGUUUGCAGGAAGCAUGAACUUCUGCAGUAUGAGUUGGAAACAACUGCACAGGAUCUGACAUCGAAGAAGCAGCAGUGUGAGGAAUUGGCAACAGGAACUGUGAGAACAUUCUCCUUGAAAGGAAUGACCAGUAAGCUUUUUGGUCAAGAAACUCCCGAACAAAGAGAAGCAAAGAUAAAAGUGUUAGAAGAACAGAUACAUGAAGGAGAAGAACAGCUCAAAGCAAAGAACGUAGAAAGCCGAGACUUUGUCAAAAGUGCCUGGGCUGAUAUUGAACGCUUCAAAGAGCAAAAGAACCAUGACUUGAAAGAGGCCCUCAUAAGUUAUGCUGUGAUGCAGAUCAGUAUGUGCAAAAAGGGAAUUCAAGUUUGGACUAAUGCAAAAGAAUGUUUCGGCAAGAUGUGAUGUAUGGAACUGAGUCCCUCUUGGUGAAGUGCUGCAGAACAGAAGCACAAGUGCAUGAACAUGGAUAUUAAGUUGCUACAUUAUUAAACCAUGGCACCAGUGUAGUUGUGAAAGUAGGGCACAAAGAAUCGGUCUCUGUUCCUGGAUGGCCACCUUGUGGCUUGUUUUGCAUGCAGUAGCAAACUGAACAUUGUAACUCUCUCAAAGUAAGGUGGUAGGGGAGGAUCCAAGUUGGCUCCAAUGAAUCACACACAACUAAACUGUUCACCAUACUUAGGCUCUUGAGCCAUCAAUCUUUGCACUGUAUAAAUCAUUUCCAGAUCC